CGGCCGUUCAUCCGUCGCCUUGCCGUCCGUCGUUCGGUCCCCUUUCGGUCGUGUGAUGCACCCCCCCAAUUCCCCCUGCUGUUGUUGCUGCGUUGCUGCUGCUGCGCCUGCUCGUCCCUCGUUGCUGCGGCCCUCAUAUUGACUUACACGCCCACUCUCUUCCGUUCCCUCAAGGUCCCUUCCGCCAACCGUGAGACGUCGUCACAACCAACCCGCACCACGUUGAGUCUGCCCUCGGUGCUGCUGUUCAGUUGAGAGCCCGCCCACCAUGGACGACGUCAACGACCUCGUCGUCACGCCCUUCCGGGACAUGGUCGAGAAGGGUCGCACCGCCGUCGAAAACGCCGGUGAUGACAAGCCCAUGCUCAAGGCCGCCCAGGCUCUUGUCAAGGAAGGCGAGCGCGCCCUGAAGAGGAUUGAGCCGCUAUGUCGCAAGCACCUCGACGAGUACGGCUCCAACUUCGUCGAUGCCCUCAAGGAGAACGACGAUAUCGGCGGCUUUCGCACCGAAUUGACCGAUCUCCUCUGGGAAUUUGACGACUUCAUCGAGCUCGACGACUUCGAGCCCGAAAAGUUCGCCGAGCUGCAAGCCAUGUCGCGCAAGGCUGCCCCGAGAAUAUACGACAUCCUCAUGCGCAUGAAACUCGAGGUGCCUGCCGACCACGAUGCCCGAUCCAUCAUGACACGCAUGUCCGCGCCCAGAUCCCCUCCCAUGUCCCCAUCGCCUCCGCCGGUGCCCUCGCUGUUUCCAUAUACCUCCGCCAACAUGAACGCGCCGCCGAUGCCACCUAUCUCUCCUCAGCCCAUCCCCAUCGCCGCCUCCCCACGGCCAGGCAACGACCCCCCCACCGUCGAGGCGGCGACCGACCAGCUGAGACGGCUGAUGCACUCCAAAUCUGGCCCUGAUGAGGGUCUAUACGGGGAUUUCCCCGAGCCACCGCGCCAACAGCAACUUACACCAAUCGAGCCGCCUCCUCGGCCGCCGUCUGCUAAUCCGUGGGAUGUCAAGACCCCGCCACCAGCCCCGGAGCGUCGUAUGCAGGACGACUUCGCCUUUGAGCGAAGGGCUCCAGUCGCGCCUGUCGAGUCGCCCAUCGAACCCAUUUCGCCGCCCACGAGCCCAGAUACAGGACCCAAGGGAGUUUCCCCAGCUCGGCCACGCCCGUUGAACAUGGCAGUGCCCGACCGGACAUCUCAAAUCAGCAACGAAUCGAGGCUCAGCCCCACUGGGCUUGAACCUGUCAGCUACGAGAGGUCCUACAACGUCUUCCCCGGCCAAUCCCCGCGGGGUAGAUACUCAAAUGCCACCUCCAUAAUGUCCUCGUCUAUUCCUGAGGAAGUUGUGGCUGAUCGAGGAUCCCAAGGCAGGUUUUCGCAACCGGGUUCUAGACUCCCGCCUGCGUAUGACACCCGGGCUCCGUCAUCCCGCCCGGAGUCGCUGGAUUCAGAACUCAGUUCCGUCUUUGACCAGCGUCGCACCGACGGAUCCACCACUCCUAUGACUGCGGACAACCGUGUAUCCACCAUAUCGGGUCUUCAGAACAGUCCCACCCUCGGCACUUCGCCGUUGAGCCCGAUAUACGUGAAGGCCUUGCCAGUGCCACCAGUGAGACAUUCGUCUCGUGGAUCGGCAAAGACACCGACACCACCGCCCCAGAUCCCGCUCCCACCACCUCCCACCCAGAUGAAUGGACAUCAAAACGGGCAACAUAACGACCAUCAUAACAGCUACCAAAAUGGCCACCAACUCAGCCAACAGAACGGCCAUCAAGACAGUCGCCAACACGACCACGAAAACAGAUAUGAGACGGAGCGGCCCCCGAUGAUCUCGGAGGCCGACUACGGCCCUAUCCCGGUGGAUAGCGAGCCGAUUGAGCCAGUCCACCCUCCAAACCCCCACGCUAUAGACUGCAGGAUUACCUCCCUAAGUUCCUUCUAUUUCCACAAGGGAUUCUGUGACGGUGCCCAGGAAGUCAUGAGAGGAGGUAUUGGAAUUAAGAAAACUAAAAAGGCGGGUUUUGCCACGACUGCGACGAUUGGAAGAUGCGUGAAGUGCCUCUUUGAGCUUGACUUCCAUGAGAUUGAGCUAGAUCUCCACAAAGCCGACCGUGGUAACUUUGUCAAGCAUGGAAUCGGCUUCCGUCUCCGGUUCCUUCAGAAGUGUCAUAUUUCAACACGACGCUCUGACGAUGUCCUGUACGGUUGUCUCUUUUGCGUUCACAUGGGGCGAACCCUACACGCCAGCGACGCAACCAUUUUCACCAGUCAAAAGGCGCUCUUCGCUCAUCUGGCUCGCCACCCCCGACCGUUACCAGAUAUUCCCGGACUCAUUGUCGUGGACCAGGAAACGGUUCCAGACCACAUCCAUAAUGACUAUGACCUUCACUUCAAGACGCCAGCGGAGGCACACCCCGUCAUUGAAAAAGGUGACGAGCUCGUGCUUAUGCCCACGGGAACAGCCAGGGAAGUCGCACGGCGAAUGUACGGCCAGCGUUUGCUUCUAGACAAGACCCCCGCGUUGGAGAUGGCUCAAGGGGCCAAUGUGAUAGGCAUCACAUGGCCGGAUAAGUAUGUAGGCGAGUGGGCCUUUGGCUGGCACGACGGCAACUUUGCGUCCUUGCCGACUGAGAUUCUGAAGUUGGAUCCGCCGCCAGACAGCGAAGUCCAGCUGGCCGGAACCAGUCAACUCCAGGUGACAACGAAGUGGAAGUUCAGCGUCAAGGACAGGAAGGGCACCGACUGGCUCAAAUUUGACAAGGAUGAGACCCUCAGCAACGUCAAUUGGGCGUACCAAGAUCACUGGUGUUGGUCCGGUACUAAUUCGAAGGGCAAAUGGGGCAUCUUCCCCCAGGCCUUUGUCGAUCCCAAUACAGUGCGGGAGGCGGGCGGAACAAACUCCGACCGAGUAAGUAUCUUGAGCAGCGAUAAGAACAAGUCAGGAUCCGUCCUAUCCAGGUUCGGGACCCGAAAAUCAAACCGAUCAGGAGGACGACCGGCCAGUAUUGCCGGCUCGACGGGCAGCCAUGAAACGCCCCCACCGCCAAGCCUAUACUACUAAAGACGCGAAGUCAUGAUGGUGGGGUUGCGAUAGAUGUGAGCUACGACUGGUAGCUAGGAUGGGCGUCGGGAGUCUUGAUCGAUAUACCCUUUCUUUGCACAGGCGGGAGGUUUCCCAUGUACAUUGUCUCAUAACCCGAAUUUCUUGUG